UUGUUUUUAUUGCGCACUCGAAAUAGUUUCGAUUUCGUUUUGUAUACAAAAAAAGAGGCGUUGAUAUGGCAAUUUUGUAGCCAUUGGAGCGCAGUUAGUCGUCAACGGCGCACUGCACUGCAAACAAUUGCCAAAUUGAAUAAAUUGAAUUUAAUUUACAAUCGCAACGCAACUAGUCACAAGGAAUGUCGUUUCUGGUGGAGUACACGGAGCCCCAUUGGCGGGAUCUGGAUAUGCGUGCCCUGCGCGUCGAUCAGGCUUACAUGUAUUUGCAUUCGCAGUAUGCCGAGGACAGUUAUCUGUAUACCCUGUCCGAUGAGUGCUAUACGUGUCCAUUUGCCAAAGUGAAAGCUCUGCCCUCAGCUGAGUCGGUGGAACCGUUAAAGCUCAGCACCGCUUACCCGUUGAGUUUCAAAAUUUAUGCACACGAUCAGGGUCACUAUGCCUACGAGAAUGCCUCGGCUUUGUGUGCGCUGCGGCGCAGCGAUCUACAAGAAUUCGGCGUAUAUAACCUCACACUUCUGGCCAAUGGCAGCUGCAGCUUCAGCGUCGACAAACCCGGCGUUCCCAUUAAUUACGCAUUCCUCUCUGUCUUUGUGCUGGUCGCCUCGCUGCUAAUCCUCUUGAAGCUCGUGAGCUGGGCCUGGAAACGUUACCGCUACGAUGAGGCAGCUGCCGUGGCGGACAGCAUUGGCGAUGCAGCGGCGAAGGCGACGCAGCGCCAGCGAAUGCGCAGCCUGGACACAUUCCGCGGCCUUUCGAUUGUUCUGAUGAUAUUCGUAAAUAGCGGCGGCGGCGGCUACAGCUGGAUUGAGCACGCUGCUUGGAAUGGACUCCAUCUGGCCGAUAUCGUCUUUCCCACCUUCCUCUGGAUCAUGGGCGUCUGCAUACCCCUGUCGAUCAAGGCGCAACUGGGGCGUGGCAUCAGCAAGCCAAGAAUCUGUUUGCGCAUCGUUUGGCGCGCCUGCAAACUGUUUGCCAUCGGACUCUGCCUGAAUUCAACGAACGGCCCCCAGCUGGAGCAACUGCGUCUCAUGGGCGUACUGCAGCGCUUCGGCAUCGCCUAUCUGGUGGCCGGCGUGCUGCACACGAUCUGCAGCCGGCGCGACUACCUGAGUCCACAGCGUGCCUGGCAGCGCGCCAUCUACGACAUCUGCCUGUUCAGCGGAGAGCUGGCCGUGCUGCUCGCCCUGAUAGCCACCUACUUGGGCUUGACAUUCGGCCUGCGCGUGCCGGGCUGCCCGCGCGGCUACCUCGGUCCGGGCGGCAAGCACAACAAUGCAGCCGAUCCCGAUUGCAUUGGUGGCGCCGCCGGCUACGUGGAUCGCCUAAUCCUGGGCAAUGCGCACAUCUAUCAGCAUCCCACGGCCAAAUUUGUUUACGAUGCGUCGGCCUUUGAUCCGGAGGGAGUUUUUGGCUGCCUUUUGAGCAUUGUACAGGCGAUGUUGGGCUGCUUUGCUGGCGUCACGCUGCUGGUGCAUGUCACGUGGCAGGCACGACUGAGGCGCUGGCUGCUGGGCGCCACGCUCUUGGGUGUGCUGGGCGGUGCUCUGUGUGGCUUCUCCAAGGAACAUGGCAUCAUUCCAGUCAACAAGAAUCUCUGGUCGCUCUCGUUUGUGUUCGUCACAGUGGCCUUGGCACUGGUGCUGCUCUCGGUGCUCUACUAUGUGGUGGAUGUGCGCCAGCUGUGGUCCGGCUCUCCGUUCACAGAGUGCGGCAUGAAUGCCAUCAUUAUGUAUGUCGGCCACACGGUGAUGCACAAAAUGUUGCCCUGGCAUUGGCGGAUCGGCGCAAUGAAYACGCAUUUUCUGCUGCUGCUGGAGGCGGUGUGGAAUACGCUAAUCUGGAUGGGCAUUGCUCUCUAUCUGGAUGCGCGACAAUUCUAUUAUAGUCUAUAAACAUAUCGAAUUUAUCAACUAAAUAUAUGU